UGUGUACUUCCGCUCUUUGGAUACCAGCGCACAAAAUGUUUUGAAAUGAAUUGAUCAAAUCAAAAUUCUGGACAUCGAUUGAAAAAUAGACCUUAGAAGAUGACAUCUCAGUCCACAACAUCUAAAGACAGCAUAGAUGCAACCAGGGAUGAUGGUAAAUGGCUGAGUGCAUUCUAUGACCCAGUGGCAUCUCUGUAUACGUUUUCCCAAUGCAUCACACUGUCAGAUAUUAAUGCUGAUGGAGACAACAAGCUUAUUAUUGCAGACCUGGGGACAGGUUCCUAUCAGAUGAAAUUGAAAGUCUACAAAGGUACCAACCUUGUAUCAGAGAAUACAUUGAUUGAUCUCCCAACAGGUGUGGCAACAUUUUACAUGGAUCAGAAUGAACCCAGAACACCUGCUGUUGCUGUUGCCUCUGGCCCCUAUAUGUAUGUGUACAAAAACCUUAGGCCAUACUUCAAGUUCACUCUACCAUCUCUUGAAAUCAACCCACUGGAGCAAGAUGUUUGGAACCAAGUGAGAGAUGAAAGGAUUGAUGUAGGAGUAUUAAGAGAAAUGUUGGAAGGAAUGAGGGCAGAGGGCACAAGCCUGACAGUACGUUCUCUUAGAUUUAUCCAGCUGCAGGCAGAAGAUUUGGAAGCCUUUGCCAACCAGUAUAAACACACACCUCUGAAAAAACAGACUGUGAUAACCUCUCUAGGCACUAUGAAGAAGUCUCUGGCAGAGGAGGAUGCCAUCAGUUGUCUAGUGCUGGGAACAGAGAGUAAACAGGUGUAUAUACUGGACCCUGAGGCCUUCACUGUGCUCUCUACAAUGAAUCUCCCUUCAGUACCAGUGUUCCUGAAUGUUUCUGGGUUGUACGAUGUGGAGUUUAGAAUUAUAGUUGCCUGCCGCAAUGGAAAUAUCUACAUGCUUAAAAGGGGAACAAAAAAUGCACGGAGUUGUAUAGAGCUAAACUCCCAGCCUGUGGGAUUAGAACGUAUGGGAAAGAACAUAGUGGUUGGGUGCAUGGAUGAAACAUUACAGUGCUAUACAACCAAAGGCAAAAAGCUAUGGACAAUCAAACUUCCAGCUAGCAUCACUAGCAUGGAGAAUGUUGACCACAAAUCUAAGGGAUUUAAAGCAGUCAUGGUGGCCCUGAGUAAUUGUGAAGUGCACAUCUACAAGGACAAGUACUUAGUGAACAUCAUCAAGACUGAAGACAUAGUGACUGGGAUGAAGUUUGGAAGAUUUGGCCGAGAGGAUGCAUCUCUGAUCAUGACAACUAAAGGAGGUGGAUUGAUAGUGAAAAUUUUGAAAAGAACAGCUGUAUUUGAGGAAAAAGAUGCAACAGCUGGGCCACCUGUGUCACAGAAUAUUAAACUUAAUGUGCCCAAGAAGACAAAGCUGUUUGUGGACCAGACGAUGAGGGAAAGGGAGCAUUGUGUUAGCAUGCACAGAAUGUUCCAGCAUGACUUGUACAGACUGCGCCUGGAUGCUGCCCGCAGUUAUGUCAAGGCUCUGGAAACAAGUAUGAAUCCUGUAUCAACAAACACCACAGAACCCCUAAAGUUGUCUGCACAGGUGCAGGGAAUAGGUCCCACCUUUAAACUGACUGUAAACUUACAGAACACGUCCAUAAGUACAGCCUCCUUUAAUCUCCUCAUAACAUUCCAGUUUGAUGACAGGCUCUAUAAUAUUCACAAGACAUAUAUUCCAGUGCCAAUGCUUGUUCCUGGGUUGAGCUAUGCUUUUGAAACCUUUGUGGACUGUCUCAGUGAUAAAGGAAUUUCUGACACCAUCAAGGUAUUUGUGCUGAGGCAGGGGCGCAGUGUUCCCAUCAUCACAGCAAUGAUCAGUAUGCCAGUCAGUGAGACCAUGGUGGUGGUGUGAGCAAGGCUUGAUGGAGGGAUGGAUAUUUACAACUGUACUCUAUCCCAAUUCAAUAAGCAUAAAGGGUCAGAUAGAAACAACAGUCAAUCUCAGCCCAUUUACUCUUUCAAGUAUUUUUGGUAUUUUUCUGAUACUCCUCUUGUUAGAGUUGAGUAAGGAAGUUUCUGGUUGGUCUCCAAAAACCCCCUAAAGAUGUAGUUGUUGUUGUUGAUUGUGUUCAAAUAAGGCCACAAGAAAUCACAUCCAUGUGUUUUGUAGACACAAUGUGUUGUGUAGACCCCAAAGAUACUUUUGAACCAAUUUGGCAAUACUUAUAAGGACUUUUUUAAAAAGUUUUGCUUAUUUGUGUUGGAUCGAGUCUGCCACACUUAUCAAGUUAUGUACAUAUUUUUUUUACCGGUUUGAUUUUCAUGUCGGAUUUAUUCAUGUGGUAAAAAUCAUAAUUCAAAAUCAUUCUCUUAGACGACAAAAAAAUAAUGAUACUGUAAAUUUACUCAAGUACAAUAAACAGGAUAAUGAGAAA